CAGGUUAGUAGUGUUAUUUCUCUUUUUUUAUUCCUGUUAACUCCAUUUUCAAACUUUAAUUCCAAUUGAAUCGACAAGAAUCAAACAAAACAGGAAAAGAAAAUAAAACAAAAUGGGAAAAAACACACCCGCAGUCAUAUCAAAACGUAUAUCCCUUUUUAUAUUCUCCUUUCAUACAUUCUCCCCCUCUCAUAUCUCAUCACAGACCGAUGACGUGUCUUUUAUUGCAUAGGGAUAAAAUUAGUACAUCAAGAGAGACAACAGAGAGACAAAAAAACAUCAAAGAAUGCAAUGGAUGGCACCAUAACGAAACACAAAGCAGAAUAUAGAACAUAUAGCCUAACUAAAUUUAUAUCAUGGCCAUCGGCCAUGACAAGUACUACACUACUCUGCUUCAUCUCUUAAGAUUUUGGUAAAAUACACACUUUUAAUUGAAAAACGUUCCUUAAGCUUUGCAACGGUUACUGUGAUUGUUUUAUGACUUCAAUUACUUGCAAAAUAAGGAACGCCCUCUCCAGGAACUUGACGAGACCGGGAUUGCCCAUGUCUAUUUCUGUUGAAAAUAAUUCGUUUUCUGUUACUUUUGUCUGCGGGAGUUACCUUUGUGAAGAAUACGUAGAAAAACAAGCAUAUAGUUUUAAAAUCCAUAUCGAGAGUAGCGAUGUAAACAACAUGAAACAGGAACGUAAGGUUAUCAUGGUAGUUGUGUCGUACAAAAAUAGUCUGAUGCUAUUCAAGCUUUCCCAUACACUUAGUACUUUGAAUGGAUGAAGUUGAAGACGGUCCCAUAUGGAUGUUUCACAUAAACUCCAACCGAACUCCACUUUAUUCAUCAAAAUCUGUAUUCUUCUACCUAUAUAAAAAGAUCUACGAACAGUGUAAUGGAUGAAAAAAACAAUUAACACUACGCCUCAGCUAUCGGAUAAUGCUAUUGUUCUUUUUAGCUCCAUUACAAAUUACGCAGUCAUUAACCGAUACUCAUGUACUACUUGGACAAAGUGGAGUAUUGUCAAUUACAUGCGACGCUUUUCCAUCACCGAAAUUCACAUGGUUCUUCAAUGAUACAGAAUUGAAGAAUUCAGGAAAACAUAAGAUUGAAUCGAAACAAAAUGUGUACACACUAACUAUCAAUAAGUGUGAUCAUCCAGAUGUAGGAACAUAUCGUGUAUUAGUUGACAAUGGUAUUGAUCAUACUGAACAAACUGCUAAACUACAUGUUGGAGUCAAACCAAAAGUUGAAGCUCCAAAACCAGCCAAUGAUCAGACAUGUACCAUUGGUCAAGAUACACAAAUAUCAUGGAAAUUUAGUGGCAUUGAGAAACCUCAUG